AUGGAAACAAUAAAGCACAGAACAGUGGAAGUGAACGGCAUCAAGAUGCACGUCGCAGAGAAAGGAGACGAAGGUCGUCCUGUUAUAUUGUUCCUCCAUGGCUUCCCUGAGCUCUGGUACACCUGGCGCUCCCAGAUCCUCUCCCUCAGCUCCCUAGGGUUCCGUGCCGUCGCUCCGGAUCUCCGCGGUUUCGGCGACACGGAGGCGCCGCCUUCCGUCACCAGCUACACCUGCUUCCACAUCGUCGGCGACGUGGUGGCCCUCAUCGAUUCUCUGGGCGUGGAUCAGGUGUUGCUGGUGGCUCACGAUUGGGGAGCCAUCAUUGGUUGGUAUCUGUGCAUGUUUCGUCCCGAUAAAGUGAAGGCCUAUGUGUGCCUUAGUGUGCCUUGCAUGCCCAGAAACCCUCGAGUUAAGCCUCUUGAUGCUUUUCGAGCUUUGUAUGGAGACGAUUAUUAUAUCUGCAGAUUCCAGGAGGCAGGGAAGAUGGAAGAGGCGAUGGCCAAAAUUGGGAGUGGGCAAGUACUGAGGAAUGUGCUUACAAGUCGCAAAUCUGGUCCCCCAAUCCUUCCAAAAGAAGGGUUUGGUUAUAACUCAUCAAAUGUCUCACCUAACUUACCCCUUGGCUCUCCCAAGAAGACCUUCUUUUUUAUGCUUCCAAGUUUGAUGAGUCUGGUUUUACUGGUCCCUUGA